UGGGAAGGCAGCAAGAUGGCGGCGCCCGUGAGGGCUACUUUGUUAGGGGUGCGGGCUGGGGGCUGGCGGCGUUGCGACAGGCUAUGGGGAGGUGGCCUGGGUUCCCGCUGCCUGGCCCUUCAGGCCGCGCCCUCCGGCAGCCGGUCCCCAUGGCGCUUGUUGGGCGCCUUGUGUCUGCAGCGCCCGCCGCUCAUCUCCAAGCCUCUCACCCCACUGCAGGAGGAGAUGGCCACCCUACUACAGCAGAUUGAAACAGAGAAAAGCCUGUAUUCAGACCAUGAGCUUCGUGCUCUGGAUGAAGCCCAGAGACUGGCAAAGAAGAAAACUGACCUCUUUGACGAUGAACAAGAUGAAAAAGAUAUUAUGCAUGUUCAAGAUUUGGAAGAUAUGUGGGAGCAAACAUUCCAACAGUUCAAACUUGGUGCUCGUGUAACAGAGGCUGAUGAAAAGAAUGACCAAACCUCAUUGCACCGGAAAUUAGAUACGAACCUUGUCCUGCUAGUCAGAGAGAAGCUUGGAGACCAUGAUGUUUGGCUUCUGCCUCAAGUGGAAUGGCAGCCUGGGGAGACCCUCCGAGGGACAGCUGAGCGAACCCUGGCCACUCUCUCAGAGAACAACAUGAAAGCCAAGUUCCUAGGAAAUGCACCUUGUGGCUACUACAAGUUCAAGUUUCCCCAGGCAAUGAGGACAGAGAGUAACCUUGGAGCUAAAGUGUUCUUCUUCAAAGCAUUGCUGCUAACUGGAGACUUUUCCCAGGCUGGGAAGAAGAGCCAGCAUGUGUGGGUCAGUAAGGAGGAGUUGGGCGAUUACCUGCAACCACGGUACCUGGCUCAGGUUAGGAAGUUUCUCCUGGACCUCUAAUGGACUAAGCUGCCUGUGGACAAUGCUCAGAGGUGGUUAAAGCCUCCAGGACACUGUAUGAUUACCCGCAUUUACAGGGAAUAUCAAACAACAGACUACAUUCUAUGAGUUCAAUGAUCCGUCACUGUGUUUGACUCAGCAAACUCACCCUUUGAGGACAACUGGCUUUGCCCAGUGAAGAGGGAGUUGUCUCUUAGGAGCCUUCCCAUUUUUCUCAAGCUGAGAACUGAGAAUUACUUUGUAGUAAAUUAACUGGCUUAUUGGGCUUAGAAAGAACACAGGAAAUGAAUCAACCUAAAGCCCUGAGUUCUGUGAAAGCUAGCUGCACAAGAAAAACCUGGCUUUAUAUAGUUUCCUUGCUAUUUUCAAUUUUGGUUUUCCCUUUCCACCUUAUAUAAAUUUACUUAGGGAAUAAGCUUAUCCCUCCCUCUCUCCCUUCCCUUCCUUUUUGAAAGUUUAUAUUUAAUAAAUCAUAAGUCUUA